CUCUAACCAAAACAGUUCUUCGUUAUAUAUACUUGCAAUUUGGUCAAACUUAUGUGCAUCAUCUUUCUCUUGCUUCUUCUGCAAAUUUGCCUUCCAUUCUUUAAUUUGGCCCAAAAAGAAGGUACCAAUUUAUCAUGCUUCUUCUGGUAUGAGUUAUCAAACAAGAACCAUGCCUGACUUGACGCCUCCUCAUCUCCUCUUUACCUUGUUUCUCUUUGGUAUUUUCUUCACGAAUCAUGCCUGCACCCAAAUAGACCGUGACUCUCUCUCGUCCUUAGCCUCCAAUUGGUCGUCUUCUUCUCUACUAAAUUGGUCUUCCAUUGAUUGUUGCCAGUGGGAAGGCAUUUCUUGUGAUUAUAAACAUCAAGUUACCCAUAUUUGGUUACCUUCUAAAGGCAUCGGUGGAAGUAUAUCUCCCUCUCUUGGAAACCUCACACAACUCUCACACCUCAAUCUCUCCCACAAUUCACUUUCGGGUCCUCUCUUUAAAGGAUUGCUUUCGUCCUUGAUUCAACUCAAGGUCAUUGAUUUGAGCUACAACCGUCUAUUUGGAGAUAUAUCUGGUUGGCCUGCCUCCAUUCAAAUUGUUGACAUAUCUAGCAAUCACUUCAGCGAGACAAUCCAAUCUUCUUUCCUUCAAAGAGCAUGGAGGUUGACCGAACUCAAUGUCAGCAACAAUAGUUUCAUGGGCCCCAUUCCUUCAUUUCCUUGCAACAAUUCUUCCUUGGUUAGCCUCCUUGAUUUCUCUCGUAAUCAUCAUAGUGGCUAUAUUCCCAGUGGAUUAGGGGCAUGUUCCAAACUAAAGGUUUUUCGGGCAGGUUUUAAUUUUCUCUCAGGACCGCUCCCUCAUGAUAUAUACAAUGCGACAAGGUUAGAAGAAAUCUCCUUACCUUUCAAUAAUAUUUCAGGAUUCAUUAGUAGUGAGAUUAUGAACCUUGCUAAACUCACCAACCUUGAGUUAUCUGGCAAUGAAUUGAGCGGUAAGCUCCCUAUGAAUAUCGGGAAGCUCUCCAAAUUAAAGUACCUACUCCUUGAUGGGAACUCCUUAACUGGUUCUUUGCCCCAAUCGUUGGUGAAUUGCACAAAUCUCAUAGAAUUGAUGUUACGAGAAAAUUUCCUUGAAGGAGACAUCUCUAACUUUAAUUUCUCUGGUCUUCAUCAACUUACUAUAAUUGAUUUGGGAUUUAAUAACUUCUCUGGUAGCUUGCCAAUAAGCCUUUACUCAUGCAAGUCUUUAAUCGCAAUUCGACUAGCCCAAAAUCGAUUAGAGGGACAAAUCCUACCAGAAGUGCUUCAAUUGAAAUUCUUAUAUUUCCUUUCACUUGCUAGCAAUAACUUAACCAAUAUCACUGGUGCAAUCCAGAUUUUGAGGCGUUGUAAUACACUCAACAUUCUCCUUCUUGGAGAAAAUUUUAUAGACGAGGCAAUGCCAUCUGAUGAUAAGAUAGUUGGUUCCGAUGGAUUUGAAAAUCUUCGAUAUUUGGAUCUUGGUGCCUGCCAACUGACUGGGCAGUUUCCUAUAUGGUUAUCUAAGCUUAAGAAAUUAGAAUGUCUACAUCUAUAUUCAAAUCAUAUCACAGGUUCAAUCCCUGGUUGGUUGUCGACUCUUCCAAGGCUCUUCCGUUUAGACUUAUCUAAUAACUUCAUUUCAGGUAAAUUCCCAAAUGAACUUUGUGCAUUGCCGGCAUUAAUGUCACCAAAGGCUCUAGUAGACAACAAUAAAUUGGAUUUACCAAUUUUCGCCACAACAAUUACUACCCAAUACAAUUUUCUCUCAAACUUGGGACCAGUAAUUUUUGUUGCAAACAACAGUCUUAGUGGUAACAUCCCCGUUGAGAUUGGUGGCUUGAAGCUGCUUAAUGGUUUGGAUCUUAGUUAUAACAACUUCUCAGGCAACAUUCCAGACCAACUAUCUGAGCUCACAAAUUUGGAAAGAUUAGACCUCUCUGAAAAUCAGUUGUCUGGUGAAAUACCAGCAUCAUUAAGUAGUCUACAUUUCUUGUCUGAUUUUAGUGUUGCAAACAACAAUUUGUAUGGACCAAUACCGUCAGGCACUCAACUCCAGAGCUUUGAUGUUUCUGCAUAUGAGGGCAACCCAGGACUUUGUGGCCCCCCACUUCCAGACGAGUGUGCCCAUAUUGUUAGUAACAAUGAAGACAUUCGGGAUCAAGACGAUGGGCCUAGAAUCACAUGGAUUCCAAUUACCGUGGUUCUCGGUUUCAUUACAGGUUUUUCAGGAGUUUGUGGUCCAUUACUUUAUAGCUAUAAGUGGAGAGUUGCAUAUUUCCAAUUCAUGGACCAUGUAAAAGAUAGGUGUAUAAUCUUCUUCUCUAAAAUUGCAUUUUGGUCGCAUUAGAGUUUGUCAUGAAUUUGCUUUCUCAACUUUUAAUUUGAAAUAAUUUUAAGGUUUUGUUA